GAGGAGCUACUGGCAGAGCUCGCAAAGAGAGGAAAAAAACGACAGAAGUACUCUAAAGAAGGCUUUCCUCGCAAAUAACGGUCUCAAAGUGAUAACGGUACGUCUGCGACCAGAAAUACUGGCACAUACCUCUCCCUAAACCGGACAAACCUCUUGUGCGAGAAGGAAUAUAACAUGUCCAGAUUAAACAAAUAAAACUGGCCUCUCAUCAAUGCCCAGCCAAGUCUCAAUGUUGUGAAUAUGAAACCUUUGCUUUUGUUCUAGUUAAAACAAUAUAUAACACAGACUCUAGUAGAUUUACGGAAAUUAGAUAUCUCAAUCCACCCCAAUUUUCUGUUCGUAUUAGCCCCUUGUCAGAGCAACCAUGUACGGUAGUGCCCGAUCUGUGGGCAAAGCGGAGGGCAACCACAGUGGCGGGAGCAAUCAGAGUCCCGGCCGCUCACCUCGUCUCCCUCGGUCCCCCUGCCUGGGUCACCGCCGUACCAACAGUACAGGUGGCAGCGGGGCGGGAGCAGGAGGUCCUGGGGGGAAAACCCUCUCCAUGGAGAACAUUCAGUCCCUCAAUGCUGCCUACGCUACAUCUGGCCCCAUGUACCUGAGCGACAACGAGGUGGUGUCAUCCGGUCCAGACCUGCCAAAAAGCACCAUGACACUGGGCCGCUCUGGGGGUCGGGUGCCUUACAGUGUCCGCACGACUGUCAUGGGAAGCAGCCCAAACAUCUCCACCGGGACACCUGGCUCUGUGCCCACCGAUGCAAUUGCUUUUGGAGACCACCAUAUGCCUUCCAGCCUGGCGUCCACUGUGCCUCACUCUCUGCGCCAAGCACGGGACAACACCAUCAUGGACCUACAGGCUCAGCUCAAGGAGGUGCUCAGGGAGAAUGACCUCCUGAGGAAGGAGGUGGAUGUGAAGGAGAGCAAGCUCAGCUCUUCCAUGAACUCCAUCAAGACCUUCUGGAGCCCUGAGUUGAAAAAGGAGCGUGCUCUACGGAAAGAUGAAGUGUCGAAGAUUGCUGUUUGGAAGGAGCAAUAUAGAGUUGUGCAGGAUGAGAAUCAGCAUCACCAGAUGACCAUCCAGGCACUGCAGGAUGAGCUUCGUAUUCAGCGAGAUCUGAACCAGCUGUUCCAGCAGGACUCCAGCAUUCGUCCUGGCGAGCCCCUGAGCGCUGAGCUAACUGAGGAGAACUUCCAGCGGCUGCAUGGCGAGCAUGAGCGACAGGCUAAGGAGCUCUUUCUCCUCAGGAAGACUCUGGAAGAGAUGGAACUCCGCAUUGAUACGCAGAAACAGACGCUGAACGCCCGAGAUGAGUCAAUCAAGAAGCUGCUGGAGAUGUUGCAGAGCAAAGGGCUGUCGGCCAAAGCCAGCGAGGAGGACCAUGAGCGCACACGGAGGCUGGCGGAUGCCGAGAUGCACAUCCAUCAUUUGGAUAGCCUUCUGGAGCAGAGGGAGAAGGAAAUUACUUUGCUCAGGGAGGACCUCCACAGACGAUAUGAGGGUGCACCAGAAUCUUCCAAAACCAAGGCCCUGCAGACUGUCAUUGAGAUGAAGGAUUCUAAAAUCAGCUCUCUAGAGCGCAGUCUGAGAGACCUGGAGGAUGAGAUUCAGAUGCUGAAGUCAAACGGAGCUCUCAGCACAGAGGAGAGAGUGGAGGAGAUGAAACAGAUGGAGGUCUACCGUAGUCACUCCAAGUUCAUGAAGAAUAAGGUAGAGCAACUGAAGGAGGAACUGGCACAGAGUGAAGCACAGGGCGAGGAGCUGAAAAAGCAGGCAGCUGAGCUGCAGCAAGAGAUUGACCAGGUGAAGCAGGACCUGUCCAGGAAGGACACAGAAUUGUUGGGCCUGCAGACCAAACUAGAGACACUCACAAAUCAGUUUUCAGACAGCAAACAGCACGUCGAUGUACUCAAAGAGUCUCUCACUGCCAAAGAACAGCGUGCUGCCAUCCUGCAGACUGAGGUUGAUGCUCUUCGUUUACGUCUAGAAGAGAAAGAGACCAUGCUUAAUAAAAAGAGCAAACAGAUUCAGGAAAUGUCAGAAGAGAAGGGCACACUCGGCGGAGAGAUCCAUGACCUCAAAGACAUGCUCGAUGUCAAGGAACGCAAGGUCAACGUGCUGCAGAAAAAGAUUGACAAUCUUCAGGAACAGCUGAGGGAUAAGGAGAAGCAGAUGACCAGUCUGAAGGAGCGUGUCAAAUCCAUGCAGACCGACACUUCAAACACUGAUACUGCUCUCACCACGCUGGAGGAGGCCCUGGCUGAGAAGGAGCGCAUUAUCGAGCGUCUGAAGGAGCACAGGGACAGAGAUGGGAAAGAGAAGAACGAAGAACUGGAGAGCAACAAGAAAGAACUGAAAGAGCUGAAAGAGAAGGUCAGCUUAUUGCAGGGAGAUCUGACUGAUCGCGAGGGCUCUCUAUUGGACCUGAAGGAGCAUGCCUCGUCCCUGGCCUCCUCUGGACUGAAGAAGGACUCUAAGCUGAAGAGUCUUGAAAUUGCUCUUGAGCAGAAGAAAGAGGAGUGCACCAAACUUGAGAGUCAGCUUAAGAAGGCUCAGUCGGCUGUGGUCGAGGCCCAGGCAAACGCAGGGCUGUCUGAGCGCAUUGACACAAUUGAACUGGAGGUGGCGCGCUACAAGGAGGAUGCCGGCAAGGCACAGGCAGAAGUGGAUCGGCUGCUGGAGAUCCUCAGAGAGAUGGAGAAUGAAAAAAACGACAAGGACGGCAAGAUCAAUGAGCUGGAGAGGCAUAUGAAAGACCAAAGCAAGAAAGUGGCCAACCUGAAGCACAAGGAGCAGGUGGAGAAAAACAAGAAUGCUCAGCUUUUGGAAGAGGCUCGGAAAAGAGAGGAUAACCUCAACGAGAGCUCUCAACAGGUCAAGGAUUCUCUGCGGCAGAAAGAUGAGCGAAUUGAGGAGCUGGAGGAGGCCUUGCGUGAGAGUGUGCAGAUCACGACUGAGAGAGAGAUGGUCCUGGCACAAGAGGAAUCUGCUCGAGCUCACGCUGAGAAACAGAUGGAGGAGCUGCUGUCCGCUAUGGAUAAGGUGAAGCAGGAGUUGGAGUCCAUGAAAGCCAAGCUGUCGUCCACUCAGCAGUCUCUGGCAGAGAAGGAGGCCCACCUGACCACGCUGAGGGCAGAGCGCAGGAAGCACCUGGAGGAAGUGUUAGAGAUGAAGCAGGAGGCUCUAUUGGCAGCCAUUAGUGAGAAAGAUGCCAACAUUGCUCUUCUGGAGUUGUCAGCAUCAAGGAAAAAGAAAACUCAAGACGAGGUGGCUCUUUUGAAGAGAGAGAAAGAUCGACUUGUACAACAGCUCAAACAGCAGACGCAGAACCGUAUGAAGUUAAUGGCUGAUAACUACGAGGACGACCACCUCAAGGCCUCCAAUUCUGAUCAGACCAAUCACAAACCCUCUCCAGAUCAGAUUAUACCCCCCCUUAUAGACCUCAAUCAGAAUCGCAGUAAACUGAAACUGUACAUUGGCCACCUCACGGCCCUCUGCCACGAGAGAGACCCCCACAUCCUGCAGGACCUGGCCCCACCCUCCGCAUACCACCACAGCCAACAGGACGCCUGGGAGGAGGAGCUUCAAAAGAUGAGUCCCGAACAGCUAGAGUCUGAGCUGGAACAGUGUGAGAGAGAGAGUGCAGAACUGCAGGAAUACGCGAACUCCGUCCUGCAGCAGAUCGCCGACCACUGCCCCGACAUCCUGGAACAGGUCGUCAACGCUCUGGAAGAGUCAUGCUGACCAGACAACAUCAUGUAGAGGCACCAAUUGAGGCCUCCUCCUCUCUUACUCUCUCUCUCUCUCUCUCUCUCUCUCUCUCUCUCUCUUUCUUCUACCUGUUUUUCACUUAAUUUCACAGCCAACGGAUGCCAGCACAAAAAUAAAAACUGUUUCACCCUCAUGCACCCUCACAAGUCAAAGUACAGAACGAGUGGGAAGAGACACAUAUACGGGACAGACUGAUGCUCACAAGAAGUGAAGUGCAUGCUUGAAUUGCUGUCCCAUUCUUCAAGUCCCUUCCUCUUUUCACCUUCAAAAUCCUUUUUACACUUCAUUCUCUGACCCACAUAAACACAAUGGGAAGGAGAAACUGAAGACAGAGGGGAUCCUAGAGGCAGAGAAGCUCAGAAUUACAAGACAUAUUUGCGUCGUUUUUGAUGUCUUUCCUCAGUCUCACAAUGCUGUCCUGCAGGAUGUGGAGUUCUCUCUGUGAGGGGCGGGAAAUAGGCUCCUUAUCUUGAUAUACGUGAUUGCCACAGCGUUUAAAAGCUGCAGAUGCAGGAUUUUGAAACCGUUUUGAAGCAAUUUACAUUUUUUCUCCCACUCUUUUUUUGUAGAUGUUUUGUUACUGACGUUAAAUUAUGGGUCAUUCGCGCAGGGCAAAACUCCUGCACUCUUGAAACCAUCUGGUUUCACUCAAAAGCUUGGUUAAUGUUCCAGUUGUGCCAGCAGACAGUCCUCCCGGAUUUAAACAUACUUUUACUAUCAUAGUCAGUAGUGGGUUUAGAUUACUGCAACCCCCCAACCAUCUGGGAAUUUACUGUUGACUUGGUUACUGGCCGAUUUCCUCCAAAGUCAAUUCGUAAAAGUAUGAAAGGGAAAAUGUGGGUAAUGUUAUCCUAUAUGCACCUGUCACCAGGUCAUAGUAUUUCUUUUGCAAAAACCACAGCCUGGUUUGUGUCUUUUAAAGAUGAGAGGAAGAAAUUUAUUUGCCUUGGAAGUUGUUGGUUUAUUGCUGCUAACAUUUGUCUUUACAUGUUGCAGGUUUUGUUUUUCUUUUUUCUUUUUUACGUGGGCUGCUCUGCACAGGGUGUUAUUAUGAACACAGAUGUUGUGAAGGCAAAAAUGCCUAAUCAUCAGCGAGCAGCCGCAACACAUCACUGGGAAAUAGGAAAACAGUCACCUAUCAUUCAUUCUGCACUUGAAAUGUAUGAGGUCCCACACUGGGAUGAAGACUGGCAGUAGUUUCUCAAUUUGCAUGCUUUUCCAAAGCAAAAAGUUUGAGACAGCAGCUUUUUGAUGGAUGAGGUAAAAAAAAAAGAACAACUGUGAUUUAGAUGCCCUCUUGUUUUAGACCCCUCUCUUUAAAGUGAAUUUCCACAAAUGAAAGUUCUGUCAUCAUUCAUUCAUCCUCAUGUCGUUCCAAACCCGUAUUACUUUUUUUUCUUCCAUGGAACACCAAAGAUGUUAGGGACCUUUCACUUUCAUUGCAUCUAUUUCCAUACAAUAAAAGUGAAUGGCGAUUGAGGCUAUCACUCUGCCUGACAUCUCCAUUUGUGUUCCAUGGAAGACCGAAGUCAUACAGGUUUGGAACAACAUGAAGGUGAGUUAUAGAUUACAGAAUUCUCAUUUUUGGGUGAACUAUCCGUUUAACUCUCUUUGAGAUCAGAUGGUAGUUGAUGCAAGUUGGGAAUGUUGAUUUGUGCACUAUUGCACCAUCAGAGAUACCAUCAUGUAGAUAACGCUUUGAUCCCAUGCAUAUUGCUUGUACCAUCAUGUUUCUCUUUUUUUCUAAUUUUUCUGUUCAUUUUAAGGUUAUAGGGGUCUAUAUCUGCAGGGUCUGAGGUGUCCAUCUCCAGACUGGCCACAAAAGCGAUAAGACAUAACCUUGCUCAACUCCUGAUAAAUGUUGUUGCUUCGUCUCACAGGUUGGCUGUUGCUUUAAAGUCCAUAGUCGAUUUCCCCUCCCGUUGCUCUUGUGGAUGACACUAGGCAUAAUGUGCCCUCUGCUCCUCGCUCUAUCUCUUCAUCCUAUAGUUUAUGGCUCUGACCUGCUGGGCCGUGUUAGUCAGACUCCUUUUCUGUAUGAUAAUCCAGGCAGACAAGACAUACAGCCUCAGAAAUCAGCGAGAGAUCACAGCAAAUAUAAUCAUCUCUCUCACUAUUUCUCACACACUCCCAUAUCUUCAUACCAAUGCUCCUGAUGCCCAUACACACUAGUUAUGAUGCAAAACAGCUAUAUGAUACUGGACCAGAUGUUUACUGUACUCAGAUUUGACUGGCCACAUAGACUCUUGAGUCAUUCUAUAAGUUAUAAAGAGUUAUUGAGGAUAUAUUUUUUGAUAUUGCCAUUUUUAUUUGAGUGCUGAGUGUGAAUAAUUUUGACCUUCGAGAAGUAAGUAGUAUGGUGAAUCUCAUGAAAACAUGUCCAGGUCACAUUUGAUCCCCAAAACCAUGAGAAAAUUAAAAAAGAGAAGUUGUUUUAAUCCUGUUUUAGGACCUGAAAGAUUUUUUUGUAGUGUGGCAAUAUCAUGACAAUUAAGCACUUUUUAGAUUUUUUUUGUAAU